UCAAACUGGUUUGAGUCCAGUCACCCUGAAAGUCACUGUCUCUACCUCGGAUUAAUAAAGAAAAAUGUCCAGCAGCCACAGACUCCUGGUGGAAAAUGCCCGGCAGCUGGUUCUGAUCUGCAGCAGUGGAGAGAAAUACCUGACGGAACAUGGGAUGAAGAACCUGUGUGUGAUAGAAAACGGCAGCGUGGUCGUUGGGAGUGACGGACUGAUCGAAGCUGUGGGACCAGCAGAAACCAUCAGAGCUCAGUACUCAAAGGAAACGUUUGAUAAAGUCAUUGAUGCUUCAGGAAUGUGCGUCAUGCCUGGUCUGGUGGAUGCUCACACUCAUCCAGUCUGGGCUGGUGACAGAGUCCAUGAGUUUGCGAUGAAGCUGGCAGGGGCCACCUACAUGGACGUGCACCGGGCUGGCGGAGGGAUCCACUUCACCGUGGAGCACACCCGGGCCGCCGCGCCCUCUGACCUCUUGGCCUCCCUCAGUGGCCGGCUGGCUCAGAUGCAGCGAGCCGGCACCACCCUGGUGGAGUGUAAGAGCGGCUACGGCUUGGAGCUGCAGACCGAGCUCAAGAUGCUGGAGGUGAUCGACGAGGCCAGACGCACGCUGCCCAUCAACAUCUCCUCGACCUACUGUGGAGCUCACGCUGUGCCCAAAGGGAAGACGGUCGCCGAGGCCACGGAGGACAUCCUGCAGGUCCAGCUGCCUCGGCUGAGGGAGCGCAUGUCUGCUGGGAAGCUCCGAGUGGACAACAUCGACGUUUUCUGUGAGCAGGGAGUGUUUGACCUCGGCUCCACCCGCUCCAUCCUGCAGGCGGGAAAAGACCUGGGCCUCAACAUCAACUUCCACGGGGAUGAGCUUCAUCCCAUGAACUCUGCUCAGUUGGGAGCAGAGCUUGGAGCCUUGGCCAUCAGUCACCUGGAGGAGGUCACGGACGAAGGGAUCAACGCCAUGGCUGAAGCAAAAACUGCUGCAGUCCUUCUACCGACCACAGCUUACAUUCUGCGGCUGCCUCAGCCUCGGGCCAGAGACAUGUUGGAUGCUGGAGUGAUCGUCGCCCUCGGCAGCGACUUCAACCCCAACGCCUACUGCUGCUCCAUGCCCAUAGUCAUGCACCUGGCCUGCGUCAACAUGAGGAUGUCCAUGCCUGAAGCUCUGGCUGCCGCCACCAUCAACGCAGCCUACGCCCUCGGACGCUCCGACACACACGGAUCCCUGGAGGUCAACAAGCACGGAGACCUGCUGGUCCUCAACGCCUCACGCUGGGAGCAUCUGAUCUAUCAGCUGGGAGGACAACAGGAGCUCGUCCGCUACGUCGUCAUCAAGGGAAACGUCGUCUAUGAUAAUGAGACGAGCUCAGACUUGUAAUCACACAAGGGGAAUGAGUGAAUGUCCUUUUAAUUAUCCUGUGUCCAGGCUUCAGUGUUUAUUAGAAGUGUGUCAUUAAACACACACACAACACAAACCCUCAGUUGUUAAACACCUGCAGAAACUUGGAUGUUGUUUAUAUUUAUCAGAAUAGAAAUUUACACAGUCAGUAUUUGUUAAACUCAAGUAACUGGUUGUAACAUUUUAAUGAGCUGUUACUCAAAAAGUAUUUGUUUGUUUAAAUCAGUUGCUCAGUUGUCGUCCCAUCGACUGAGGCCAGUGAAUCAGUGAUGUUAUCUCAAGUGUUGUUUCAGAUUAAAGUUGUGUAACAUGAGAAACUGAAA